AUGUACAUCAGUUUUGUGCCCGAUGGGUAUAUGAAUCGGGUAUUCCCUUUUCAUUCAAUCGAUAAUGAUGGGUUUAAGCAGUUUGUUGAAGCAGUUGGUAAAUAUGGUCCAGGUUACCGUCCUCCAAGUCAAUAUCAACUUAGGGAACCAUUAUUGAAGGAGCAAGUUGAAAGAACUAAAGGGCUUCUAAAGAAACAAGAAGAAGAUUGGGCACAAAAUGGUUGUUCAGUGAUUUCUCCGUUAGUCAAAGUCCUUCGACUAGUUGAUGGAGAUCCAAAGCCAUCAAUGGGCUUCUUGUAUGGAGAGCUUAAACAAGCAAAAGAAGAUAUCAAAAUGGCUUUUAAUAAUGUGGAGAAUAACUAUCGUUCUAUCAUAGACAUUAUUGACACAAAAGCUAAAGGUCGACUUGAUAGUCCGUUACAUAUGAUGGCUUACCUAUUGAAUCCUUAUUACUUCUUUAAAGAUCAAGAGAUAAAAGACAAUGUUAUGGUUUCAGAUAUAGUUUUUAUAUGUAUUGAAAAGUUUUUUCUUGAUGACAAUGACAAGCAAGACCAAGUAAUAAAUAUGGAGCUCCCAAAGUAUAAGGAAAAAGAAGGAGAUUUUGGAAGAAUGUUAGCCGCAAAGGGGUGUUCAGAAAAUAAUAGCUCUUAUGAUCCAGGUACUUGGUGGAUGACAUAUGGAAAUUCAACUCCAACUUUGCAAAAGAUGGCUAUAAAAAUCCUUUCAUUGACGACUAGCUCUUCCGGUUGUGAAAGAAAUUGGAGUGCGUUUGAGGGGAUACACACAAAGAAAAGAAAUAGGCUUGACAGUCAACGAUUACAUGAUCUUGUAUAUGUUCAAUUUAAUUCCAAACUCAUCAACAAGUGGGCAAGAGUAAAGAAUCAAAAUGCAGAUGUAUUGUGUUCUCUAGAUGCUAGUAUGGCACAAUCAUGUAUUGUUGCUAUUAGUGAUGAUGAUGAGGAAAUGGAAGAAGGUGGUGGUUUGGAGAAUGGUGGAGAAGAAAUUGAUGAUGAAAGCGCAACCCAAGAGGAUAGAGAACUCCAUGAAGAUGAUUUUGUGUCGGAUGCAGAACAAGUUGAAGGUGAUGAAUAUUUUGAAUUUAAUUCUGAUGAAGAAGGGUUUUUGGAGUGA